CCCGACCUCCUCCAUCAGCUCAUCAAGGGCACAUUCAAAGACCAUCUUGUGGCGUGGGUCAUCAACUACAUCACGUUGACUGCGGAGAGCGAGCGUGAAGCAAAGCGGAUACUCGAUGAUAUCGAUCGGCGGAUCGCCAGUGUCCCCGCAUUUCCUGGGCUACGGCGCUUUCCGCAAGGGCGAAAUUUCAAGCAGUGGACGGGCAACGACUCGAAGGCACUCAUGAAGGCCUGUGCGAUCCGGUUUGUCUUCCUGCCGGUGCUAACCGGAUACGUUCCUGACAAGAUGAUACGCUGUCUUGAUGCGUUCCUCGAGUUCGCAUACCUUGCGAGGCGCCCCUCUCACGACACCACCUCCCUCGACGCCAUGGAUGCUGCGUUGGCACGCUUCUGCGAGCUUCGCUCAAUCUUCGUCGAGACUGGUGUGCGACCGAACGGUUUUGCGCUACCCCGACAACACGCACUUCUCCAUUAUACCCGGAUGAUCAAGCUCUUUGGGUCGCCCAACGGUGUGUGCACUUCAAUCAGCGAGUCGAAGCACAUCGCUGCUGUGAAGCGUCCUUGGCGUGCAUCGAACCGCAACAACCCGCUAUUGCAAAUCCUUCGCACAAACACACGUCUCACGAAGCUCGCUGCGCUACGUGUCGAGCUAGGCCGUCGUGGCUUGUUGCAUGGGGAUUUGAUCUCUUACGCCCUUCGCAAGCUACACGCAAAUGAACAAGAUGUCGCUGAUGAGGCCGGACCGCACAUCGAAUCACAAGUUCAUCUCUCCGCACGAUACAGUACGUCAUUUUCGCUUUCACCAGUCAACACUAUUGCUCAGUAUCUAGGCAUGCCAGCUCUUCAUGAGCUUCUACGCCGCUUUCUUCGUGAGCAGCUGUUUCCGGACUUCGACGAGCCAGAUGUGGUGAUACCACUCGCUGUCUGUCCCUGGCUUGCGCACUCGACUCGCGUUACCGUGCAUGGCAGUGCGAAGGCCGUAUUUUUCGCCCCGAGCGAGCUCUGCGGUGCUGGUGGCAUGCACUCCGAGAUGAUCAGGUGCACACCGAGUUGGCGCCAGGAUGGACCUCGUCGCGAUACUGUCCUUGUGCAGCUGAGCGAUGACCCUGGGAUGUAUGGUAUGGCUAUCGGCCGUGUGCGUGCAUUCCUGUCAUUUGUGUACGGAAUUGUCCGUUACGAGUGCGCUUUGCUCGAAUGGUUCGAGCAGGUCGGAGACGGUCCGGAUCCGGUUACAGGCAUGUGGGUAGUGAAACCUGAGGUCCUCCAUGGGCGUCGGGCUUUGGGGGUUGUGUCUGCUGAUUCCAUUGUCCGCUCGUGCCAUCUCAUUCCUGUUUACGGACGUACACGCAUCCCUGCCACAUUUCAUUUCUCCGACUCACUUGAUGCAUUCCGUAGGUACUAUGUCAACACUUACGCUGAUUAUCACACACACGAGCUUUUGCGGUAG